AUGGGCAUGGAUGGAUGGAUGGACGGAUGGAUGGGCUGGGCGGAUGGGCGUGAGCGUGAGCGGCCACGGGUGGUGAAGCGUGAGAAAGAUGGAAGAAGCGUGGGUGUGGCACCGUGGGUAUCGGCUCCAGCUAAAGGGACGCUAGCCAAGUUGCUUUUUCAGAUGAGAUGGGCUGGCUUGUUCUCCAUCCGUGCCCCGUCUUUCACCCCGGCAGCAGCAUGCACCCUAAUGAGACACCCAUCCACACCCCUGGUCCCCAUCGUCUCGUUUCGCUCGCUAUGGAUCAGCUCUGCCGCACCCCGUGCCGUCGCCAAAGUAAAAGAAAAGGAACGGAAGGGUAAAAGAGUACGUACUUUCCGAGGGUUAGGUGAGUUUGCGAGAGUGAUGGAACCUAUUCUCGCAGCCUCCCAACUUCCCUCUCACCUUCUUUUCCAAUUCCCCAACUUCGCCCUGAGCUACAACGGGGGCGCUUCGAUCCAUCGCUGUCGGGUCUCGCAUCCCUUCUUUACUCACAAAACAUCAUCAUUGUCUUGUCUUGAGCGCUUUCUGCGCCCUUGCCCCAUCACCCUCAUCAUCAUCCUCUUCUUGUUUGGCUUUUCUGUAGCUUUUUGGCCUGUCGCCGCUCCAGACUUUCUCGCCCAGCCUCCCGUUGACCGGUUGCACGUCGAACCUCAAUCCGUUCGAUUCGUCGCAACAACUGAGCCCGCGCCCUUGGAAGCCGCGAGCUGUUCCUCAACCACCACAGACAAGACCAAAGACUGUAUGGCCUCGCGCUUUUAG